UAGCCUUGACGUCUUGAGCAGUUAUACUUGGUCGAUGGUCUCUCUCUGUAAAAGGUGCACCAACCUCUUCUGUUUGACCAAACAGAAUAUUUAAUUACACACAUUAAUUUAAUGGUAGCAAAUAAGUGAAACAAUGUUGUGUAAAACAUUACAACACCUAUGUUAAAAUUUACCCUGGCACCGGGCCCCCACUUGGUGGAAAGACGGUCUUCUGGGAGCACGGCAAAGUGCAGAGUCGGAGGCAAUCGUGUGAGAGUGCCCGUGGGGGCCAGCGGCGCUCCGUGCACCACGGGUAUGCGGUGAAGACCCGGACCGAGGAGGCUGAAACCACGUUUAAGUUAAGACAACACUGACUGCACCGACCGUGGUUAAAACAAUGGCAUCGGACAAAUUGGUCGGGGACUUUGAUCGGUAUCACCGUUCCUUCAAAGCGUUCGCUCGUAAUAGUAAUAGACUCCAAGUUAUGACGAACUUUAUACACACCCAGCUACGCCAGGUCAUCAACUCCAUCAAGGUCAACUCUGGUGACGUCACGCGGGUACUUAGCAUCGGACCUGGCGACGGUGAAGUUGAAGAUGACAUUUUGAAGGUCGUACGAGACAGGAACGAGUCCGUGCAUCCCGUCACAGCCACGAUCGUAGAGCCAUCUGUUUACAUGAUUAAAGAAUACCAGAAUCGUGUCGACACCCAGGGAACUCAGCUACAUAGCAUCCGUUACGAUUGGCGGACAGAGACGCUGAAGGCCUACCUGGAGAACGGCGUAAACGACGGCGAGAAGUUCCACUUCAUCAGCGCCGUGCAUUCCGUGUAUUACUUUCAAGAUCUCCCGGGCACACUCAGAGAUCUGUACAGUCGACUGGAACCCGGUGGCAUGAUGCUGAUACUGGCUGUUACGGGAGCAGUCGGUGCACCUUUUACAGAGAGAGAUCAUCGACCAAGUAUAACUUCUCAUGAAGUCAAGGCUUCCUGUGUAAUGGAAAACAUCCCCAUAGCACAUGAAUCUGUCAUCGAAGAGCGUACAGACAUCACUGACUGCUUCGAUCCUCCCGAAGAUAUGAGCGAAGACGGACGUCUUCUCCUAGACUUCUACACACACAGGGAUAAUUUUACUAAAACAGCCUCCCCCGAAACCCAAGCAGAGGUCUUGCAAUUCUUGAAAAGUGACCGCUUCUCUGACAAGAAAGAUGGCAAGAUAUUGCUCAAAGGAGAUUGGGAGUAUUUUAUAAUCGUACGCUAACCCGGGCUACAAUUGUUUUUAUUUUAAUGAUGACCUGGGUACAUGACCUUGGCUUUCGAUCCAAAUCGGACCCUCUUCAGAGGCAUAAAAAAAGUAUACAAACAAAUACGUAUCCGUAGGAUUUGAAAGUUUGCAUGGUGGAAGUAAG